UUUUUUUUUUUUUGUUUGUUUGUUUGUUUGAUUGUUCGAAUAUGACAAUACCUUCACCACAGUCUCAAUACAUUCCUGAUAGAAAUUCAUCAAAUUCAUUUUCGCCACCAACUUCACCAAUAAUUUCAGAGUCUUCAACUUUAAAUUCACAUUUUGUUCAGGCACUUCACGAUUAUUUACCUUCUUCAGUUACACCCGAUGAAGCAGUUUCAUGUUUAUUCUUCAAAAAAGGUUCUAUCAUUGAAGUAUUUAAUAGAGACGAUUCUGGCUGGUGGGAUGGCCAGUGCGGUAACGUGAGAGGAUGGUUUCCAAGUAAUUAUGUUGGAAAAAUUGGUGAAUUAAAAAGACAAGAUACCGACUUUGAAGAUAAUCAUGAACUAGAAACAUGGCACCAAAAAAUAAACCAGCAAUUCUACAAUUCUUCUUCUACUGUGUCACUACUUGAAGAAAAUCUUACUAAGGUGUUAUCGCCAAUUGAAAAUCAAGUUGAAACAACAACAACAACAACAACAACAUUAAAUGAUGAUAAUUGGAAAACGGAAGCUAUUAAACCUUUAUCUUCAAAUAUAGCAAACGAAAUUGAUUCUUCAAUUGAACAAGUAUCAAAACAAGUCAUAGAUUUAGUAGAUGCAUGUCACGACUCGGCUCAAUCCAACAUUCAAUUACAUAUUUUUGAGGUAGUGGCUUCUGUUAGACUUGUACUUACAGAAGCGAAUGUCGUAAAUAAAGAAAGUCCAUUAUUAAAAUUGUAUCCCGAAUUAGCACGACAACGAAAGAUUGUUUUAAGUGCAUUAAGUCGACUUGUUUUAAAAGGAAAGUCUUUACAACAAGCAAAUUGUACUAAUAAAAAUGACGAUCAAAUCUCUUAUCUUGCCGAUCAAUUAUUGAAUGAAUUAGAUUUAUUCGAAAAAUUACUUAUUAAAAUACCCCAACAGCCUUCUUCUUCUUCUCCUAUAAAAGAGAAUAAUGAUGCUCUUGAUUCAACUCAGCUUUCCUCUCUAUUUCAGGUGGAUACACCUCGCUCAUCAAUAUCAUCAAUUGGCCAUUCAUCUAUUAUUUCAAAUAAUUCAACUUCCUUUCGUCAAUCUACCAUCAAAACUCGACAUUCAAAUAAUAGUUUCUCUUCUAUAGUCACUAAAUUGACAGCUCUAUCAGAUAAAGAAAGUGUUUUGCAAAGUAUCUUAGACCAACAGGCGUCUAUUGAUGAAUUAAUGACAAGUCUCGUAAUGACCUUAGAGCGCUACCUUGUUAUUCGUCAUCGAGCUACAGAGAUACUAGAGAUAACCCGAAAAGCAGUAGAGGCUGUCAGAAUGUUUUUGGCAGUUGUUGAACAUGUCUAUUCUAUUAUUAGUGAUAUUGAACAAAGUAAACGUCAGUCCAUCAUUCCAGAAGAUCCCUCACUCGUCUCUCUUGUUCUUACAAAGGAAUCCGUUUAUAGUGCUAUUACAAACUUAGUGACGGCUGUAAGAGCUUUAACUGGACCUCAUCAACCACCGGACAGCGAUCAUAAUCAUAUUUUAAAAGACGAUUUUGAUCACCUUUGCUUGUGCUGUGAAAAAGUAGUAAAAGCGAUAAAUGAAUGUGCAACCUAUGUGAGGGCAUGCUUAGACACUGAAGAAAGUGACAUUUGUUUUCAACAACACUUGAUGAUAGAGGAAACCAAUAAAUCAGAACUCUCAAUUGAGAAUAGCCAUAAGUUUGAUAGCUUAAAUAUCCUUCGACGUAAAGCUAGUAGUUUGCAAGCUAUCCAGCAGUACCGUCGCGAUCAAUCAGAAAAGGAAAUUGUUUUAGAAGAAAACGAAGAACUGUAUAAUGAACAAACCAUUGAAGAUCUUGCAAUAGAAACAGUUCCAACGAAGGAUAUUGAUCACGAAAAUGAAAUAUCUCAAUCUUAUUCUACUCAACGAAAUAUACCUCGAACAUCUUCAUCUAAUCUUACUUCAAAUGACUUUUAUCAUACACCACGAUCCUCGACACCAUCACUAUCAACCUCAACUAAUUCAUUGACAAUAAAAACAAAUACCUUGACUGCUUCUGCAGUGGAUACCAUUACUCCUGAAACAAAUCCCGCAAAACCUACAAAGUUAAGACCUAGAGCUGCAUCAGUCAAUAAUACGCAUCUCCUUCAAUUACCACCGAAAAAUAAUAUAAUGAAUGCUGUAAAGCCUUCCGUAUCAGCAGCAUUUCCUCUUCCACCAUGUAUGGAUGCCUCUACAGAGAUUACAAAAAUUCUAUCUACUGAUCAAAGUCAAAAGACUCGUCGAUCUCGUGGCUUAAGUGUCACUUCUAUAAAAUCAACUAUCAGUAAAUCUAAAUUAGAGCGUGUUACAACCCCUUCGUCGUCUGUCGAAAAUAUUUCUGAACCUCUACGAAUUCAAAAAGUGCCUUCUUGGAUGUCUAUAAAUACCAAUGUAAAUAGAUCCGAAAACAAUUCUGUGACAAGCCUUGAAACCACACCUACUCUUUCAUCAAGCCAUCCACUAACAAAGAAGGAACCUGAAUUCGAAUUUUUAAAACAAAUUGCCUUUACAGAAGAAGAAAUGAUGUUUAACGCUGAAGGAGAAGUGACAGGUGCUACAGUAGAAGCAUUGGUUCGAAAAUUGACAUUACAUGAAAAAUCACCUGAUCUUAUUUUUACUCGGGCAUUUUUUUACAAUUUUCGAUUGUUUACUAAUCCUGAAGAGUUUGUUCGGUUAUUGACAAAUCGAUUUACUCUACAACCACCAACAGAACCUGAGCCUCUAACGGAUGAACAGCUUGCUUUAUGGACAAAUCGAGUCUUAAUACCUAUUCGUCUUCGUGUUUAUAACGUAAUAAAAACAUGGUUGGAAACAUACUUUAAUUAUGAACAAGAUACAGCUGUUGAGAAGGCUUUAAUCGACUUUGCUUCUAAUGAAAUGAGUAAAGCUAUGCCUGGCCCUGCUAAGCGAAUGAUUGAACUUAUUAAAAGAACUUUUUCAUCUAAAGGAUUAAGCUGUACUGGCAGCAAGCAUGUGUAUUCUGAGAAUCGCAUUGUUACACAAAAAUCAAGUUUGUCUACUUUGCAAUCAUCAACUAAUGGAGGGUUUGGAGGAAACAAUAGUGGCUCCAUUUUUUCUAAUUUAAUUUUGUUUGACGAUCAUCAUCACUUUGACUCCUCUAUUGAUAGAUAUCCACCAUCCAUUUUAGGUAAAGCAUUGAGAAAUACCUUAAGAAAGGCGUUAAGUCAUAAUAAUCUGGGUAUCGUUCAUGUCAAUGAUUUUGACCCUGCUGAACUUGCUCGACAGUUGACCUUAAUGGAGAAUAAUUUAUUUUGUCGUAUCCGACCUAAUGAGAUGAUUGGUCAAGAGUUCAAAAAGAAAGUAGGCACAAGUCAAGCAGUUCAUGUGAAAGCAAUGAUUCAACGAAGUACACAAAUUACAAGUUGGGUUUCUGACACCAUUUUGAAAGAAACAGAUACAAAAAAGCGAGCGCAAGUUUUAAAAUAUUGGAUAAAAGUUGGAGAUGCUUGUCUUCAAUUAAAUAAUUACAAUACUCUGAUGGCAAUUCGUUCUGCACUGGAUUCAACAAGUAUCGCAAGACUAAAAAAGACAUGGGAUCAUCUCUCUGUAAAAUAUAGAGCUAUAUGGGAACCUAUUUACAGAGCAACGGAUUCUCAAAGAAAUUUUGCUGAAUAUAGACAACGUUUGAAAACAACAAUAGCGCCCUGUCUUCCUUUCCUUGGAGUCUAUUUAACUGAUAUGACAUUUAUUGAUGAUGGGAAUGCAGAUUAUCGUAUGUCACCUGGAGGCAAACAACUUAUUAAUUUUGACAAAUACAUCAAAUUUACCCGUAUUUUGAACGAAAUUGAUCAGUUUCAAUUUCCUUAUAAAUUAUUUGAAGUAGAGGAAAUUCAAAGAUAUUUAAAGAAAACACUUGAAUCUGUAGAACAGGAUGAUCAAGUUUUCUAUGCAAAAAGCUUAAAACACGAACCAAAAGAGGAAGAAGUUGUAACUUAAUAAAUAUAUAUUUCUAUAUAUAUAUAACCAUGAAAUACUGUAUAAUGUACAAAACAUUUAAUAUUGCUAUAUAAAUAUAUAUGCUCAUAUAAAUAAAAAUUGUUAUUUG